AUGGAUCACUCCGUUCUCUCUGUCUUUUUUCAGAAUUCUUAUAUUCGUUUAGUUGUGCCCGUUUGCUGGACUGUGUUAUCAUUGUUGUCAGAUCUACCCGGAUCAUGCGGUGCAGCACACGCCUCUCACCGCGCAUCCCCGACAACGACGGAUCCCACCGGUUGGAGUCCCAACAUGUCCACCACCGCAGACGGUUCCGAUGAGACAAUUCACAGACUGGGUCGUAUCAAACUAGGCCUUGCUGCGGCAUUCUUUUUCAGCGUACUCUUGGUCUGUGGUCUUCCCAUUGUCCUUAUUGACUGGCUCCAGAAAAAAGAUGCUCCGGUCUACAGUUCAUCUCCACGCACUAGUGGUGGGGGCGUCGGUGGUGGUAGUGGACGCCGCUCUCCCAGGCCUUUAGCCAAUUCCAGUGUUCUAAUUCGUGGCGACCGUAGCGGUGGGGAUUUGGACGCAGAUAGUCCGUCAGAUUCACCCUGUCAUACUCGAUCGCCAACCGAUAUUUCAUGGCCCAACGGUUUGCCUACUGGUCGUCGCAGUCCGAGAUCACAGUUACAUCGACCACAGCAACCAAAAGUGUCCACCACCUCGGAACCUCUAUCUACCCCAAAUCAAAGCCCUAAUCCGGCAGAUGCUGAACACACAGAUCUAUUGACUGGGGCUUUAGUCCCCACUAACAGUGGUGGAUGGCCGCACCAUCCACGACGUCAUCACGAUACGAGCGGACAUGAGACACGCCGCGCAGAAAGAAUGGGUGCGCGAUUACGUCGUACUUCUGUUGGUGCUUUGCGGUCCUUCGCAAUGCGUAAAAUGCUCCUACGACGGUGGUUCAGUCGACUGAAUUGUUUUGCCGCCGGAAUUUUUCUAUCAUCCGGAUUUAUGGAACUGUAUGUGGAUGUGGAAGAAUCGAUCGAGGAAGCCAAGACCCAACUAAAUGUGACUUCCGAAUUUCCAUUUGCACCGUUUCUCACACUGAUCGGAUUUUUUCUUGUGCUCAGUUUGGAACAGAUCAUCUGGACUGUGCGUCUGUCACGACACGAGUCACCUGCGUCGGCCAGACCAUCCGUCACCUCUAUCACACGCGACACUGACCUUCCCUCUCCCUGCGGAAACGGUUGUUUUAGACGCGGAACCAAAGCGGACGAGUCUGUCGAAUCCCCUCAGACAGCAAUCUCUCCUUUGAACACAGGCAAUCAUUUUACUUUUACCGAUGAGAUUGUCAUGCCCUCGGUCCCCACAGGCACCACUACUGUCACCCUGACUCCGACCUGUCCGGAUCCGUUCGAUUAUGAACCGACCGGAGAUUUGUUCAGCGGGAACAGAUUGCGACGCUCAUCCAAACCGGAACUAGUGCUCGAUCAGAAUCACACUCCCACCAGUCCCACGCACCCAUUGCACAAUCAUGCCGAUUACAAUCAUUCUUCGCAUUAUACACGACAUCAUCGUCAUUCACAACAUCAGCAUUCCCAUUUGCCCAGCGCGGACAGUCUGACCUCAUUUGGCGCAUUGCUCCAAGUGGUUGUUCUACUCUGUGCCAUGUCCGUACAUUCCUUGUUCGAGGGUCUCGCAGUCGGGCUUCAGUCUACCGUUCAGCACACUCUGUCCUUGUUCUCGGCCAUUCUACUUCAUAAGCUGAUUAUCGCGGCCGGAAUUGGAGUCAAUUUGGCCACGGCUACCACCACCAGCGACUCGUCUCCGGCGAGCGCCACCGAUUCGCCUGGUGUUGGUCGUCCCUCAGUAGUCAAUCGUCGACUCGUCGCCUAUCAAUCACUGGCCACACUGAUCUUUGCCGGUUCUUCCCCACUGGGUGUCCUCAUCGGUUGGGCGUUGAUUCGUGACGCACAACAGUCCGGCACAUUGCUCAUGUCCACCGCAAUUUUGCAAGGUCUCGCUUGUGGCACAUUCUUUUUUGUCGUGUUCUGUGAACUAUUACCAACCGAGUUUCGUGAAGGUGUGGGUGACCGGUUGGGUAAAGUGUUGUUUCUCAUUUUAGGCUUUCUAAUGGUCGCACUCUACUCAUUUUUUAUGCCUCAUUGA